UGUUUCUUUAAAAUAAUUUCAAAUGUUUUCAAAAUCCUUUCACAAAACAUUUUUAACUCCAGGUUUUCCAUGUGGUAACGCUCGACAUUUCAAUUUCAUAUUUAAUUGAAAAUCUAGGGCUCAAAAUGAAAAACAAAAAUACACACUGAAAUAAAUGAUUUUAAUUCCUACUCUAUUUCCUUGUCACUAAUCAACUAAUCCAAAUAUUUCACUCAUACAUGCUCCGGCCAUUAUGAUCACAAAUGCAGUACAAUAGGCAGGAUGGAUAUGUACAAUGGCCCUUUUAAUCGAAAGACCUAAAUUGUUCAAUGCGAUGGUGACAGCCCCUUCUGAUAAGAAUCUAUAAAAGUCUUUAGUCACUUGUUCAGCCAGACUAACCAGUUUUGUUCAUAUUUGUUGUGGACACAAGAAUAAUAUUCUUCAUUUCACUGUCAGCUCUUCUGCUGUGAUGAGAACAAAGGGAGGGUAAUGAAUAAGAAAGUGCAGCAAUGGCUACACCCGAAGCAAGUGACUUUGGAGUCCAGUUUCUCUUUGAUUUGAGGAUUGUGCUAUUGGGAAACAGAUCAGCAGGGAAAACCUCUUUGGCAAACCUAAUAACAGGUCAUGCAGAGCCUCAUCCAAGGAGAACGGCCCAGUGUGUGAAGAUGCAUGGAGAUUUUGCCGGAAGGCAGGUCAUUCUAGUUGAUACGCCAGGCUGGUGGAAGAACUACCCUGUAAAAGAAACCCCUGAAUUUCAGAAACAAGAGAUUAUGCUUAGCGUGGCUCAUUGUCCUCCUGGGCCCCAUGCGGUCCUGCUGGUCAUACGUGUCGACGCUUUAUUCAAAGAAAAACACAGGAGGUCGGCGCAGGAACACCUGGAGCUUCUGAGCGAGAGAGUCUGGAAUCACACUAUAGUUGUGUUCACGUAUAGAGACCAGCUACAGGAACAAGCUCUAGGAAAGCACAUUGGAAGUGAAGGGGAGUCUCUUCUGCUUUGGCUAGUGGAGAAAUGUGGACACAGAUAUCAUGUUCUUAACACUGAGAGAGCUACUGGCACGCAGCUUACAGGGCUUCUUGAGAAAAUAGACGCGAUGGUCAUGGGAAACGGCAACUGUCUUUUUGAAAUGGACAGGUUGCAUGAGGUAGAAGGAAUGAUCAUGAAGAGAUACAUGAGCGCAAACCAGAGGAGGAAGAUGGUACAAGAACAAUGGGGGACUCCGCUUGCACGGCAGGGUCACAAGCACGUCCACAUUUCUAAGAUGAGGAUGAUAGUGUUAGGUUUCCGAAGAGCUGGGAAGAGUUCUGCUGGGAACACCAUUUUGACUAUGGCAUCGUUCAUCUCUAAGAGAACCACCACUUGUGUGAGAAGACAAGGCAAUGUGAACGGGAGAAAUGUGACUGUAGUGGACACCCCGGGAUGGUGGAAGUCUCUCCCUGUGAUUGAUACUCCUGAACUGGAUAAAGAUGAACUUUUAUUCAGUGUGUCUUUAUGUCCACCAGGACCACACGUGCUUCUGCUGACCCUACGUGUAGACAUGUCAUUCACACCGGAAGAGAAGGAGUCAGUGGUGGAGCACAUGGAGCUUCUUGGAGAGAGAGUGUGGGCUCAUACCGUAGUGCUAUUCACCCAUGGAGAUUGUCUGGGUGACGUGACUGUAGAGGAGUUCAUUGAGAGCGAAGGGGAGGCUCUACAAUGGCUAAUUGAGAAAUGUGGGAACAGAUAUCAUGUCCUCAACAAUGAGAAUUGGGAUGAUGGCAGUCAGGUCACAAACCUGCUGGAGAAGAUAGAAAAGAUGGUGGCACAAAAUAGGGGCCAUUAUUUUGAAAUUGACCCCAAAACUCUAAAGGAAGUGAAGCAGAAAUGGAAAGCAGCAGAAAACAAAGCAAAAGCACGAGCAAAGAAACAAAGACGGAUGAGGAAGAUGAAGACUGCAAUGAAGGAUAUUGGAAAGAAUUUCUCAGAAUUGUGUCUUGUGCUUCUGGGUUAUGGAGAAUCUGGCAAGAGUUCAACGGGGAACACUAUCCUCGGCCAGCAGGUGUUUGGAUCAAGAAGAACAGCCCGGUGUGUUCAGAGACAUGGAGAGGUUGGAGGACAGCAGGUCAACAUCAUAGACACCCCUGGCUGGUGGAAACAUCUGCCCAUAGAACAAACUCCUGAACUGAAUAAAGAUGAAAUCACACAGAGUGUAUCUCUAUCCCCUUCUGGUCCGGUAGCUUUGAUUUUGGUUGUUCGCAUCGACUGUUCCUUUAAAGAGCAGGAGCGGAAGGCGAUGGAGGACCAUUUGAGGCUUUUGGGCUCCACGUUUUGGGAUCACAGUAUAGUUCUGUUCACUUUUGGAGACCUGCUUGGAGACAGAGCCAUUGAGCAGCACAUUGAAUGUGAAGGGACAGCCCUGCAGUGGCUGGUUGACAGAUGUGGAAACAGGUAUCAUGUUUUUAAUAAUAAGGCCAGGGGUGAGAGCCACCAGGUCAGAGAGCUGCUGGAAAAGAUAAAGGAGAUGAUUGCAGCAAACAGGGGGUGUGAUGACAUGGACAUGCAGGUGCUGGUGGAGGAGGAGGAGGAGGAAGGCAGAGCAAACACCAGACUGAAGAUGCAGGGACAAGGAGUGGAAGAUGAAUUUGAUGACAGUGAAGAAAAUGAAGUCUUCUUUGAGUCGACAGCUUGGAGAUGGACAAAAGCAAUAUGAGAUGAAGUGAACGUCAUCAGAUGAGGCAUUUUUUAGACAACAACACUUCUUACAGCCAAAGGCUUUGAUACUGCAGUUCAUCAUUCACCACUGGAAGGAUGUUUGUUUUUGACUCAUAUUCAUUCAUACAGAUACAGUCAGGGUGAGUUGUUUUCAUCUUUUGUCAUCUAAACUCCCUAAGGUAUAUUUUUUCCCCAAGGACUGUGAACUCUCUGGACUAUUCAUCCACGGACAACUCAGUCCAACUAUAUUGGUAUUUCUGGACCUAAAAAUAAGUUUUGUGUUUUGUUGUAUUGUUAUUGAAUUGGACAAAUUUUAUGGCGUCUUUUUUAUUAUGAUUUUAUUUCACCUUUUUUAUUCCAAAGAGAAAAUGACAGAUGUUUGAAACAAAUAAUGUCAGAAUUUUCCUUUUUAGGUAAACAAUUCUAUUAAUCACAGCAAAGACCAUAAGAGCAUUUUCUGUACUGUAACUGUAUUCAGGCUGGCCUUGGAAUGGCCUAAUUUACUUUUAAUCACAAUGUAUCUAAUAAAACAAAAGGUUACAGAAAUAGUUUAAUGCUAAAGGAUGAACAGAGAGGUAACAGUAAUGAUGACAAGGAAAACUUUGAAAAAUGGAGAAACUGAAAAGGGCAAAGCUGAAAAAUGUCAUGGAAGAGGAUGAAGAUGAAAGGGGAACAAAGCGAGGUUACAGAAUGAGACUGAAUGAAGCCUUGAUAGAUGACGGAGUUGGUCUUACGCUGAGUUGGCCUUCAAAAUGUACCCACACUCACACACACACACACAGUGUUUCAAGAAAUUACACAUGAAUAAUUCAUGUUUUCAUCUUUACUCAGGCCAACUAAGACUGUAUAAUUAAUUGAGGCUGCUUUUACAGGGGACUGGAAUUUAGGAGGGAUUGUUUAAAAUGGGAAAGCCAUGAGAGGGUAGGGCAUGUUUAAUACCAUAAUCAUGUAUGGCGGCACUAAGUGGUCAUGAAAUCAAUGUCAUAAGGUGGAGAAAAUGCUUCCUGUAUCUUUUUAAAAUUAUUAAGACAAAGGAUGUUCUUCUAAUCAAACAUAUAGAGUACUUUAGAGUAUUGUUCUUCCAUCACUUGAUAAUAUUUGGCUCCUUGCUUGAUCAAUGUGUGGCUGGUAGAUUAUGCAUUUUCAAAAUUUUCAGCUUUCAUGUACUCUCUUUUACUAAAAUUGCAUUCUAUUCUGCCAACUUAUUUACUCAGUAUUCACUUUGUUGCCCUUUAGAUGACGCCCUAGGAUCGCGUGUACCCUACCCCCACCCCCACCCCAUACCUAAACCUA